AACCAAUAAUUUGGGGGAAAAUCUCCCCAGUUGCGGCGGCCGGAAAGAAAAAAUAAAAUAAAAAGAGGAAAUAUUUUUUCCUCGAUUUUUCCACCCCCACCCCAAUUCCGACUCGCCGGCGGCGGCCCGAUCUCGCCGGAACCCUAGUCGAGGUGGGGGGGAUAGCUUGGGGCCGAGCUCGAGCGAUCGCUUCUCGCGGUGAGCUCGGCGGCCGCGGAUCGCUUGAGCCCGAGGCCAGCGGCGGGGGCGUCGUCGUUUAGGGUUUGGUUUGCUCUCCCCGGAGCUGCUGCUCGGCCGGAUCGCUUGCGGGGCUGCAUUUGGCGUCCGUCGGCGGGCGAGAUGCAGCCGCCGCCCAAGAAACUCGCCCGCGUCGACACGCUCGAGCUCAAGGCGCAGAUCGUGAAGCGGCUCGGCCACCAGCGCGCCGAGCUCUACUUCCGCGGCCUCAGGAGGUUCCUGGGCUGUCAGCUCGGCAAGGCCGAGUUCGAGAGGAUCUGCGUCGCUGCGCUUGGGAAGGAGAACAUCAGGCUCCACAAUGUCCUCAUCCGGUCCAUCCUUGGCAACGCGUGCGUGUCGGAUGGGCCGGCGCCGAGCAAGCAGGCACCCACCGGGAACUCACAGACGAGCACCGUGUCGAAUGGGACGCUGAACAAUGGCUUGCUGCCAGCGAGGAGGGUGAGGCCUCUGACUAGGAGGUUUGGUGACAAGCUGAGCCCGAUCGGCAAGUCCCCUCUUGGUCAUCCGGGGGCUGGGGAGUUUGUGUCAACUGGUAGCAAGGCUCUGCAAGAGGUUAUCUCUGUGGAGGAUGGCGAGGAGGUCGACCAGGACCGGGGUAGUCCGGUCUGCGUGCAGAGCCAAAGCCCGAUCAGGGCGCCGCUGGGAAUUCCAAAGGCUCAGAAUUCUCAGCCUUCGACAUCUUGCUCUUCAGAUGUGUGCUACAAUAAUGGCGAGUUGCCAGAUUCUCAGUGGCUGUCCAAGCUACUUGAGGAUAAGCUGAAGGCUCAAGGUCUCAGCAUGCGCAAAGAGUGUGCUGAUGCGUUGAACUCUGGGCUGAACAUGUACAUGCGUCAGAUGUUGAAGGCUUGUUUAGGUGUUGCGAAAGCAAGGGGAAACAACGCGAGGAUGCGCCAACCAAAUGGGCGUACUACUGCUGCUGCUGUAAGUAGUGGGCGGAAUAACGGCUUUCCCACUGAAUCAGGCGGUUCUUACCAAGCUUCGUUGCUUGAUCUUUGGACAGCAGUGCAAUUCAAUGAUCGGUUACUGGGAUAUGAUCAUGCUCUGCAACGUGAGAAGAUCGCUUCUCAUCUCCACAACAGAUGAUUGAGGGCAGCUAGUUUUCCGCUGAUUUGUAACAGACCUUAUGUCAGACAAGUGUAGGAAGUAUAUUGCAGCACCAUUAAUCUUGCUGUAGAAACUACAGGUAGUUAGGUUGAGGUAAAAGUGGAGUUUGAGUGUAGGGCUGGGUAGUGUACCCUUGGUUGGUGAGGAUGACACUUCUUAGGAUGAAGUACAUGAUAGUGACCAGUGAGCUUCAUUUACCUGUGAUUAUUCACAAAAAUAAUAGUAAUAAUAAAAUAUUCUAGAAUCUGUCUUGGCUU